GUCUACAGUGAAAGAGCGAAAACUUCGGUUUAUGUGUGAAAGUACCUGAAGAACUGUCCAUUGAGAUUUUGGUUAGAAAUUUGAAAGACCAUUGAAAAAAAAAAAAAAAAAAAACACCCGAGAUUUCCAAAAAGCGCUUUCCCAAGUGACUGCGCUACGCGGAUGAGAGACGAGGAGGGAAUGGGAUUUAUUUACAAGCUGGAAACGGGUCCAUCUGUCGAAAUUGAGCGAAACUGACUGUGUUUCAAAGAAAAUGCAUUUUUAACGAUCGGAGGAAACCAGAAGACAAGGCGAGUCAGAAUAAGAAAAGCGCGGGAGUGACUAUCACUAAAAUCUGUAUGAGGUGUCGCGCGAACGGGCGCUUCACGCGGGGCGAUGGAGAUGCUGAUAUACUGGAGACCUGGAAUACUUCUGUUUCUUACCUUACUGUGGGUCUCUCCAGGUGAUUCUCAAUGGGUGGAGAUUCCACGGAAAGACAUGGAGGUAGUCAUGGGCCAAAUGGUUGUUCUGGAGGCCUGGUACACCCCCACUACUCCCAUAGAUAAGAACACAGUCAUCUGGAACUUCAUGGCCAAUGAAUCCAAACAAAUCAUCUCCUACACAGCAGGACAGAUUGGCAUGGGCAGCACUGAGUUUCGGAAGCGGGUGGGCUUUACAAUGUCCAUGCCCUCCGCCAACCUGUCUAUCUACAUCAACAACACACAGGAGUCGGACUCAGGACGCUACCUUUGUAAUGUUAUCAUCCCUGGAGCUCCAGGACUUUCUGGGGAACUACGCCUCAAUGUUAAAGUUCCUCCAUCCACUCCUGUGUGCUCUAUGACGGGACAUCCUGUAGUGAGUGGCAAUGUAACACUGAGCUGUAAAUCCAGCUAUGGCAAACCUGUUCCUCAGUACAAGUGGACCAAAGCAGCUCCUCUCUCUGAAGUUUUCUUCUUUCCCAUGCAAAAGUGGAGAUCCUGCCCCCAGCCUGUGCUUGUGCUGGGCUACAUGGAUGAAAGGCAAGGCACUCUUCGACUUAGCAACCUCACCAAAAGCAUGUCUGGCAAGUAUGUCUGCCGUGCCAGCAACACAGCGGGGACUGAUAGCUGCCACAUCAAUUUAGAGGUCUCCACCCCUAACAAUGCCUGGGUCGUUGCUGGUGCCACGGUGGGUUCAGUGGUGGGACUGAUGGCUCUUAUCUUAUUCCUGAUUUUUAUCCUGAAGAGAAACCGUGACACAGAGGAGGAGAUGGCCAAUGACAUUAAGGAAGAUGCACAGGCGCCUAAACGGGUUUCCUGGGCUAAAAGCGGCACUGGAUCCGACAUCAUAUCAAAGAACGGCACGUUAUCCUCCAUAGCCACCAGUCCUCCUCCGCAGGACCAUCUGCCCAACAACCAUUACCCGUAUCCUCCAGGUGCCUCUGACACUGCCUCCAUACUCACAGCCUCUGGGAGCACCACCACCUAUCGCCUCCGCCUUGGAGAACCCAACCCACUUCACGGCCUGCCUGGGUAUAACAUCAGCAGUGCGCCCAAUCACAUGCAACUUCAUCACCUUCACCAUAACCCUCAUCGCCAUCACAGUCCCGCAGUCCUCAGCCCCAACAGCUGCUCCACACACAGGACUGAGGGGCCCAUGCCGCAGGCCCCACACCCACUCAACAUGCCUAUAAACACUGCCACUCUGUCCCGCAUGGGUGCUGUGCCAGUUACGGUGCCUGCCCAGAACCACGUAGGUUCAUUGGUUUAGGACACAAGAUGACUUAUGUCCUCAGACAGUAGCCAAAAUUGUUUGAGGAAAGGUUUUAACAAUGGUGAAGAUGUAAUGGUUAACAAUUGUAAAGAUAACAGAAAUAGACUAGCUUUUUUAUACAUCAAAGACUAAAAUAAGUACAGUAAAUCUGUUAAGAAACCCUUUGGUUUGUUUGAUAAAGGGUUAUGUUUUGUGUUUUCUACUGAGUAUAGUUUGUUUUAUGAUGCCUAAACACUCUGAACUUAUUCUUUUUCAAACCAAUACACUGACCAUUUAUUUGGGCAAUUUUACAAAUGUAAAAAAACAUUUUGCUUCACUGUGUGUUGUGCAGUAGAAUGCUAGACAUUAUGAAGGGAUGCAGGCACCACUAAUUAUGUUUGACUGUU